AACGGCAUCAACCCUGACAGACGGUGAACCGCGAAUGUCCCUUUAUCCCCUCUAUAAAUAACCAAUCGGUAGCCAUACUCGCGCAGCUUGGCUACGUUGUUUUGCAGGAUUCCCUGUUUGCUCCUUGUUCGCUGGCUGUGACGAAUAUCUGCCAUUCCGACCAAGUUGUUGCCGCGCGCUUCGACUAAACCUGUCUCGACCUUGAAGGGCUCGAGGGCACCCGAGAGGGGACUCGCCAAUAAUACCGCCAUGACUUCUCCGAAUCUCUCGAACCCGGACUCACUCGAGGUCCUAACGGCCACGUUGAACCAAGCGCUGGUUGAAACUGGCCGGUUUUUCAAGUCAGAUGGGUCGCUGCAGGCUCGCGCUCAGAUGAAGCGAAAUCUCCCUGUUGCGCAUGAGAAGUUUCAGUCAGCGUUAGAUCACCUAUCAGAGCAAAUAUUUGUUGCCAAAGCAUUUUUGGAAAGAGACUAUGAAGAUGUGAAGGUGCGCAAAGCUGCCCUUCGCAAGCGUCCUACAGAGGAUGCAGCCAAGGGGGAGCCGGAAGUGACGACUGGGGCCCCUCAGACUAUGCCUGUCCCAGAGGAAACAGCUGCCGAGGCCGUUCCCAGUGACGGCGAACCUAAAGCAAUAGAUAACGCUGUUAAACAAGAACAACAAACAGAUUUGAAUCAAGAACAGCAGACUACGACGAAUGAGCCCGUGAAAGAGGAGCCAAAGGAGGCCGACGCGGAUCCGUCUCUUGCUACUCAGGAUACGACGGGGACGGAGGAAAUCAAUUUCGACUCGUUGCUAAAUAAUCAAGGGCCAAAUGAGUUUGACCUCAAUCUCGACUUUGGAGAGAAUGGGAACGCCGGGAACGAAAGCUUCUUCAAUGCGACCUUUGGCGACCAAGACACUGGGUCUGGCCUGGAUGCCGGGAAUACUCAAAUGUCAAAUACAGAGCCUGGACAGGACAACAAUGCGUUGCCGACAGGCGGUGAUGCCUUUGACCUCGAACUAGAGAAAUUCUCCACCCAACCCGGAGAUGCAAACGGACAAUUUGGCGGUAACACAGAAGAUAUAAUGGGGCCAGGGGAGUCUAGUUUCGAUGACCUGUUUAUGGAGACCGAAAAUUUGGGCGGCACUGAUAAUGAGAACCAAGAUCUGUUACCGGGCGAUGGGUUGAUGCAGCUUGAUGAACUCGACGACAGUUGGUUUUCAUGAACUGGAGGGGGUAUGCGGAAACCAGUUCCGUUGACAUCAGAGGCUCCUGGCCAUGCGAUGAUGCCAGACCACAGGCACGCAGGCCCAAGGAAUGCUCCACACGUUCGAGCGCUAACUCAAGGUUGCCGAACUUUAGUACGUCUGCUACCGACCUGUCGGCUCACAUAGAGUUUUAUCUGCAAGGUAAUCGGUAAACCGAUCUGGUGUGAUGUGAUGUGUUGUUUCUUUCUUAUCCUUCUUUUUCACUGUAUAUUAACUAUAUAGUUAGUGCUGUAUGUGAAGUACUUUCGGUUCCUUUUUCUCAAAAGAAUAGUGUAGUCAAGACUUGUUCGUUAGCAAUCUGUUUGAGA